AACAUUGUCAGAUACAGAACGUUUCGUGCGUGCGGUGGUUACUGGUGGCUGUUGCAAGGGCUCUGAACAAAUAUCUCGCGCAACCCAUAAGAAAAGUGUUUAAAGUGCCUCAACCACAGAUUGUAUCUCGAUUUUUCCGCUUGAAUGAUUGCGGCUGGAAACGAAGACACCUAAGUACGCGGGCGUAUUAAUAUCACGGACUGUCAGCUGCAACCAAUCGAGUAAUCUGAAUCUGUUCGCGCAACGAUCGUUAGACGAUCGCACGAAGGCAACGAUCGCUCGAAAGAACUAAACUGCAAUUGCAUCAUCUUAACAACAUCAACCACAGAGCAAAGAGAAGCAGCAAAAUGCCUGUGUUUCAUACAAAAACCAUCGAGAGCAUCUUGGAGCCAGUGGCCCAACAGGUCUCACGGUUGGUCAUACUUCACGAAGAGGCGGAAGAUGGCAACGCUAUGCCAGAUCUUGGCAAACCAGUGCAGGCCGUAUCCCUGGCGGUGACGAACCUUGUGCGCGUUGGACGCGAAACCAUACAGAACUCGGACGACGACAUACUGAAACAGGAUAUGCCAGCGUCGCUGACCCGUGUCGAAACAGCCGCACAGCUACUGGAAGAAGCAUCGCUCAUGCUCCGUUCUGAUCCAUUUUCCGGACCGGCGAGAAAGAAGCUGAUCGAAGGUUCGCGCGGCAUCCUGCAGGGAACGUCCUCGCUGCUGCUCUGCUUCGAUGAGUCCGAGGUGCGCAAGAUCGUGCGUGAGUGUAAGCGUGUCCUCGACUACUUGGCCGUAUCGGAGGUGAUCGAUUCGAUGGAAGAUCUGGUGCAAUUUCUCAAAGAUCUUUCACCGUGUCUGAGCAAGGUGACGCAUCAGGUUGGUGCGCGCGAGAAAGAGCUGACGCAUCAGGUGCACAGUGAGAUCCUGGUGCGCUGUCUAGAGCAGUUGAAGAUACUCGCGCCGAUUCUGAUCUGCAGCAUGAAGGUGUACAUUCUGAUCGCCGAACAAAGUGGCAAGGGAUCGGAAGAAGCGGCAGAGAACAGGAACUAUCUGGCGUCGCGUAUGAGUGAGGAACUGCAGGAAAUUAUUCGGGUGCUGCAGCUUACCACGUACGACGAGGAUCAGAGCGAACUCGACAACCUGACUGUGCUGAAGAAGAUCCAUAACGCGAUUAACAACAAGCUGGAAGCGGCCAACGAAUGGUUGCGCAAUCCUUACGCACUGCGUGGCGGUGUCGGCGAGAAGGCACUGCGUCAGAUCGUUGAGAACGGGCUGAAGGUGGCGGAUCGUUGUUUGCCACAGGAUUCGCACAUUCUGCGCAAACUGGGCGGUGAUAUAACGGCGAUGACAAAUACGCUGUGCGAUCUGCGCCAGGAAGGUAAGGGAACAACGCCGCAUGCGGACAACAUCGCGCGGGACAUCCGUGAUAAGCUCGGCAGCUUGGAGCAAUCAGUGUUGAAUGCGAUCAUGGGUGUGGACAAGGCUGGACUGCAGCAGACGGCACACACGGUGCAGGGUCGGCUGGAGCAGGCCUGCCGCUGGCUGCAAAAUCCAGCUCGCGAUGACAGAGGGUUGGGUGUGCGAGCGAUCGCGCUGAUCGUGGACGAAGGGCGCCGUGUAGCGGACGGUUUGGGUGGUCACCAGAAGGCGGAAAUGGCACAGCUGUGUGAUGAGGUUGAGCAGCUAGCGCACGACUUUUCGCAGAUGUGCGCAAAUGGGCUUGGCCAUACGCCGCAAGCGCAGGAGUUGGCCCGCCGGCUGAACGAAAAGUUGCACGGAUUGAAGAAACAGAUUCAGGAUGCGGUGGUGAACCGCGUCGUGGAAGACUUCAUCGAUAUCUCGACGCCGCUGAAACAGUUCAUGGAGGCGGUUGCACAGCCGGAAGGAACGCCCGGUCGGGAGCAAAACUUCAACCAGAAGUCAAACCGGCUGACGGCGUUCAGUAAUCGUGCCUCAAAAACCAGUCGAAUGGUUGCAGCAGGCGGUUCCGGUGGUAAUAAGAAGCUGGCGGAAGGAUUGCUUGCCUCGGCUAAUCAGAUCGACAGCUUGACGCCGCAGCUCGUAUCGGCCGGGCGAAUUCGCAUGAACUAUCCGACGAGCAAAGCGGCGGAGGAACAUUUGAACAACCUGAAGCAACAGUACGCCGACACGAUCCUGCGUAUGCGUACGCUCUGCGACCAGGCAACAGAUCCGGCCGAUUUUAUCGAAGCUUCCGAGAAGCAGAUGCAGAAGCACUCGUUCCUGUGCGAUGAUGCGAUCCGUACGCGUCAGCCACAGAAAAUGGUUGACAAUACUUCGAGCGAGGCACGUCUCGCCAACCGCGUACUGCUCGUGGCAAAGCAGGAAGCAGACAACUCCGAGGAUCCGGAGUACAUUGGUCGGUUGAAUGGGGCCUCGGAUCAACUUCAGGCAUCCAUUUCGCCAAUGGUGCAGGAGGCGAAGAACGUUUCGACUAACAUUAGUGAUCCGGUGGCCGCUUCGAACUGGCGCGAGGCUAAUCGUGCACUGCUGCAAAGCGUACGGAACGUCCGUGGCGCCGUCACACAUGCACCUACCGUACCGGAGAUGCCGGAUCUGUCCCAGCUGCACCUGGGAGUCGAAGCCCCACCACCACCGCGUCCGCCACUACCUCGCGAAAAUGUUCCGCCAAUGCGACCACCACCUCCAGUAGCCGAAACGGACGACGAGGACGAUGUGUUCCAGGCGGGAAGCAUGCCGCACGCUAAUCAACCCAUCCUGAUGGCUGCCCACGGGCUGCAUCAAGAGGUGCGCCAAUGGUCGUCCAAGGACAACGAGAUCAUUGCGGCCGCCAAACGUAUGGCAGUGCUGAUGGCCCGCCUGUCUGAGUUGGUGCGAGCUGAUUCGAAGGGAAGCAAACGGGAACUGAUCGCCACGGCUAAACAGAUCGCUGAGGCAUCGGAAGAUGUCACGCGUCUGGCGAAGCAGCUGGCCCGCCAGUGCACGGAUAAGCGCAUCCGCACCAACCUGCUGCAGGUGUGUGAACGCAUUCCGACCAUCGGCACACAGCUAAAGAUUCUAUCUACCGUGAAAGCAACGAUGCUAGGUGCGCAAGGAUCAGAGGAGGAUCGCGAGGCAACGGAUAUGCUCGUUGGAAACGCGCAAAAUCUCAUGCAGAGUGUUAAGGAAACGGUCCGAGCGGCGGAAGGUGCAAGCAUUAAGAUCCGAUCGGAUCAAACCAACCAACGGCUACGCUGGGUACGUCGACAGCCCUGGUAUCAGUACUAAAAGCCCCGUAUUGUCACCUAGCUCUAGUCCUUCGUCUCCAUCCAUCGUUAAUCGUUGUCCUUACUUAAUUCUUCGACCGUUCCCGCUGACAAAAUGUCUUCCAUGUUAUGUUCCCUGUUCAUUCGCGUAAUUCCGUCGUUUGUUUCUUAACACAACUUAUUAAGCAACGUAUGGAUGGAAACACCUCCGCAUCUACACAAUUUUUCACCCUUAUUGCGUUUCCCACUACAUUCACACCUUUGAUGUAAAGCAUCAGGAACAUGUGAAAGUGUAAUUGACACUAACUGCAAAAAUCUUACAAGGUAAGGACUUGGAAUGUAAUCACAAAACGGAACAACUGCGGCAAAAAGAUCGCACAAGAUUUAAAGAAUCGUUGGAAAGAUGCAAGAUCGUUGCAACAUGAACGGGUGAAAGCUGCAAUUAGGAAAAGGUCGAAGCAAUGUUGCCAAAUAUGUUAAGAGAAACCCGAAUACACGUUCUUAAUCAGUAAUACCCAAAUUUGGUUUUGGGCGGAUUUUAUAACACGUUAUUGGACAGAAAGUUUUAUAUAGAACAAAUAGGAAGCAAUUACCGUAACAAGCUUUAAUAGAAACACUGGUAAAUAAUUGUGGGUUGUUGGAUAGGAACUGAAACCGAGAAGGACAACGAAACAAAGGCCAAGAUAUUUAUAUAAAAAAGAGAAACAAAUAACCGUCGGAAAGAAAAUGGAAGGUAAUGAUUUAUCGUGUGCCAGCGUUGAUGCGAAUGGAUUUUAAAAGAACUACUUUCUAACUGUUACUACUGCUACUACUUGAUUGUUACACAAAACUGCAUGCUCCAGGGAGCAGAUAGCCGCGCCUAACGUCAUCAGAUAACGGCCGAGAGAGAGAGAGAGAGAGAGAGAGAGAGAGAGAGAGAGAGAGAGAGAGAGAGAGAAAGAGGCGUUAUUAAAUGUUGUGCUAAAAUACUAAUUACUUACGUAGGAGAUAGGUUGUAGUGCUAAAAAGCGUGCACAGUUAAUCCUGGAUGAGUGGAUAAAUGCGAUACGCAUGCAUUGAAGGUGAGUUUGUUAUGUUGUUAACCAAUCGAUCAGCAGUUUUAACUGCUUAACUUUGUUUUUUUUUUUCGAUUUUAAUAUGUGUUUUACACCUGGCGUCACAUGGCCAAUGGUUUCGCUCUGUAAGUAGUGCAAUAAUUUGAAAAGUAAGACAGCUAAAACAAAUGAUAACUAGCCACUCAAAA